AUGCAAACGCGGCUCUGCAGGGAGAGCCGGUGCACUGGGGACAGAGGGGUGGCCAGAGGCCUUCGGUGUCCAGAGAGGGUGGCCCCGGCCCCGUGGGAGGAGGGGGUGGCCUGCCCUGCCGUCCGGCAGGAAGCUGCAGCUCACGGCUCAGGGGGGGCCACCGAGGCUGUGCCGGCUGUCUCUCUCUGCCUGCGGCUCCUGGGGCCACAGCUCAGUGACAUCCCGUCUCUAGGAGCUCCAGUCUCCUCCAGGCUCUGCUCGACACUCUCUCACCCUCGUGGGCCCCGGAGCUCGUGUGGCCGGUCCCUCAAGUCUGUGUCCUUGGCCCAGGACACCCAUUGA